AGAGACAGUCCCGGUGCCGGGGAGGGCAGGUACGCGAGGAGAAACAAGAUGGCCGCUUCCUUGUGGGUAAGCUGCGGUGGCAAGGCGGUGGCGCGGCUGCUGCUGGGGCGGCCGCCAGCUCUGGGCACUGGUGUCGCCUUCGCCCGAGGGGGCUGGAGGUGUCUGCACGGCACCCGGGAGCUGCUGGGUAUACCUGGUAUUAAAGUCCUUAUGCCUGCACUGUCUCCUACGAUGGAAGAAGGAAGCAUUGUGAAAUGGUUAAAAAAGGAAGGUGAAACAGUGAGCGCUGGAGAUGCCUUGUGUGAAAUCGAAACGGACAAAGCAGUGGUCACCAUGGAGUCAAGUGAUGAUGGCAUAUUGGCUAAAAUACUGGUACAAGAAGGAAGCAAAAAUGUGCGCUUGGGCUCACUAAUCGGUCUGCUGGUAGAGGAAGGUCAGGACUGGAAGCAAGUUGAAAUACCAGCUGUUGGUGGUGUUCCAUCUUCUCCGGCUCCACCACCACCUGCACUUACCUCAAGUCCUGCAGGUCCUUCAGUUUCACCCCCUCCUAAGCUAGAACAUCAACCUGGAAAAUUGCCGGUUCGCCUAAGUCCUGCAGCUCGCAUCAUUUUGGAGACGCAUGGUCUAGAUCCAACCAGUCUUACACCUACUGGGCCUCGAGGAAUCUUCACUAAAGAGGAUGCUCUCAAACUUCUGCAAGAGAAGCAGAAGGGCAAACCCACUGAAUUGAAACCUGUGGUUUCUCCAGCUCCUCCCCAGCCUACUGCAGUGCCUUCACAAGCAACAGCUGUGCCUCCUGCUUACCCAAGGCCAGCAGUUCCACCAGUUUCAACACCAGAACAACCUGCUGCACCGGGCACAUUCACAGAAAUCCCUGCUAGCAACGUCCGAAGAGUUAUUGCUAAGAGAUUAACAGAGUCUAAGACUACUAUACCUCAUGCCUAUGCUGCUGCUGACUGUGAUAUUGAUGCUAUUUUGAGAUUAAGAAAAGAAUUGGCCAAAGAUGACAUUAAAGUAUCUGUAAAUGAUUUUAUUAUCAAAGCAACUGCAGUUACUCUGAAGCAAAUGCCAGAUGUGAACGCAACCUGGGAUGGAGAAGUCUGCAGGCAGCUGCAUUCCAUUGACAUAUCUAUUGCUGUGGCAACAGACCGAGGUCUCAUUACACCAAUCAUAAAAGAUGUUGCUUCCAAAGGAAUAAAGGAAAUUGCUGCCUCUGCAAAGGCUUUAGCAAAGAAAGCAAGAGAUGGAAAACUGUUACCAGAAGAAUACCAGGGAGGAUCUUUCAGCAUCUCUAAUCUGGGCAUGUUUGGCAUCAGUGAUUUCACUGCAGUCAUAAACCCUCCCCAGGCCUGCAUCCUUGCUGUAGGCCGAGCAAGAGCAGAGCUCAAGCUUGUGGAAGAUGAAGAAGGAAAUGAGAAACUCGAGCAGCACCAACUCAUGACAGUGACUCUUUCAAGCGAUGGUCGGGUGGUAGAUGAUGAACUGGCUUCAAAGUUUCUAGAGACUUUGAAAGCCAACAUAGAGAAUCCAAUACGGCUUGCCUUGUGUUAAACUCGGUGGAGAUUUCUUCUUGUUUUGACAACACAGAAAACCGUUAUGUACUUGGGGUUGUUUUUCUAUAUUGAGGAGUAAAUAGUUACUGUGAGAAGGACAAUUAAACUAUUUAAUUUAUUGAAUUACUGUGAAAAACUAUUAAUGUUCGUGCUUUUAGUCUUUUGAAACGACCAGGCUUUAUGCUGUAAAGCUAAAAGUCGAACGUGCUACUUUUCUUCAGACACUUAGUACUAAGGUCACAUGUUGGUAUAGAAAAGUCAGUCUUGUCUGGGAAGGAAAAUUCAAUAAAACUUUAUGAAAUUUAAAAAGGGAACCAUAGAAUAGUGUGGAGUUAACCUUUAAAGGUCACCUAGUCCAACCCCCCUGAAAUGAGCAGGGCCAUCUUCAAGUAGAUCAGGUUGCUCAGAGCAAACCUGUCCAAACCUGACCUUGAAUGUUUCCAGAGAUGGGGCAUCUAUGAUCUCUCCGGGCAACCUGUUCCAGUGCCUCACUGUCCACAUUGUAAGAAACUCCUUCCUGAUAUGUAGUCUGAAUCUACCCUCUUGUAGUUUAAAAGCAUUACCCCUUGUCCUAUUGCAUUAACCCUUGUCUUAUUGAUAUAGGCCUUAUUAAAAAGUUUGUCCCCAUCUUAUAACCCGCCUUUAAGUAUUGAAAGACCAUAAUAAAGUCUCCCUGAAGCCUUCUCUUUUCCAGGCUGAACAACCCAAACUCCUCCAGAGAUUCUUCAUAGGAGAGGUGUUCUAUCUGCCUCAUCAUUUUUGUGGCCGCCUUCUGGACCUGCUCCAACAGGUCCAUGUCUGAGGGCUCCAGAGCUGGACGCAGAUCUGCAGGUGGGGUCUUUCCUCUACUGAGAUAGGAUGCUUUUUUCUUUAAGGGUGAAAUACUAGCUUUUAGAAUGAGGCAAACAAGAAUCAUAAUUGAGCAAAGUGCUGCUAUAAGUCCUGGUCAAUACUGAGAUAGAAACGAAUAGCUAAAUGAUAUUGCUGCACUAGAAAGCUUGUCAGUCUUCACAAGACUUUUCUGGCAUAUUGUGCCAUAGAAAUUAGACUGAAAUAAGGUUUAUAAGAUUUCUGUCAGAUAUUUCAAUGGCUUCCUACAUAAGAGGAAAGACAUUGCAAACCAAAAAAGUUAUGAUUUAAUUUCAUUUAGAUUUAACUAUUCUUCUCCUUCACUAUAAGCUACAUUGAAGAAAGCAAGAUGACUGUGGAGAUGAAUGGGGAAAAGAAAUAGCAGGAAAUUCUGAGAAAGAUGAAAUUAGAUCAUAGAUUAAAAAAAAAAACCUCAAAAUAUUGAGUAAUCUAGUGACAUCCACAACUUCAUAUAAUUAGAACUCAUUAAAACUCAUUUGCACCGUAGGAGCAUCUAUUUUUCCCAGUAUUUUAAUAUAAUUGCAUAAUCUAAUGCCUUGCAGAGGUAUGGAGUAGAGAAUAAACUUGUCUGAAUAAAUGCAUUCUACAGAAAGGAUCGAAUCUCUGCAUCAUUGAUUUUCAGUUUUGAUGGAACCAACAUUUAGUAAAAGGUUUUAUUUGACUUAAUUUGGAGACAAUUGCAUUUUUAAAAGUUUAGAAUUUGCCUCAAUUCAGAUAUCUUCUGCAGUACCGCGCAAUAUAUAAAAUUUUUUUUCAGGUGCUUUGUGAUAUACUGUGGUUAACUUGAAACCCAAGUUAAUUGUGUCAGCAGUAUUGUGAUGAAAAACUAGCUGUGAUCUCUUAAUCUUAUAGAGGUUCCAUUAUGGAAGGUUAGAUUUUGCACACUGAAUAUUUGCUGAUUAAUGCUGUUCUUUGCACAGAUAGAAUGAAGAUGUAAGUAGAAAGUGUUUCAUCAUCAUUAUAUAUUGAAUUGUAACUUGGAGGCUUACAUGCAGUGGCCUCAAGUUUAAAUUAACAGAAGUAGAUUGGUUUCUUUUCUUGUAAAUAAAUAUGGAACCACA